AUGGUGGGUCCCCCUCGCUCCUGCGACACGGUGAGCGUGCUCAACCAGCUGGCACAGAGGAGGCGGCCAGAUGAGGUGGCAAGUGCCAUCCGGGCCUUAGAAGCCAAAGGAUUGCAACCAGCAAUUUACCACUUGAAUGCCGUGCUGAACGCUUGCAAGAGGAGAUGGCAACAAGCGGUGAAGCACAUGGAGGCGAUCCGCCAGCAGGCAGUGGACUUGAACAAGUUUAGCUACACUGCAGCACUCAGCGCUUGCGAGAAGGGAUACCAAUGGAGAAUGGCGGAAGAGUUGUUGCUGGAGAUGCCUCGACGCAAGGUGAGUUGCGACAUGAUUUGCUGCAAUGCACUCAUGAGCGCAUGUGCUAGCUCGGGGGAAUGGAAAGAAGCCUUGCAUUGGCUUUGCACGAUGCUGCAUCGUGACCCCAUCAGCUACACGGACAGCAUUGCCUCGAGAGGCUUUGGUGAAUGA